AAAAAACAGAGGUUGAAUUUAAGCUUAAAAAAAAAAGAAGAAAAAAAAAGAAAAAAGAGUUCCAAUAUGUUACGAUAAACUUCCGAGCUGCUUCAAAAGCGGCACCCACGACUCCGCCACAAACUUAAAUUUGAGCCCACUUACUUCACACUUCCAACGCGACCUCCUUCGUUAAAAGCCUCUCUCUUUAUCGGAGGCCUAAACCUUGGCAGUCCGAAGAUGAACACGUGGCCGGCAAUGGUUUCCUCAAGAUUGCUUCUCUUCAGCCCUGCUAUUUUCAUGCUAGUUGCUGUAGUCGUUGGGCAGCCAGCCUUUGAUCUAAACUGUUCAUCUGGAGAGAGCGACUGCACUGCUAAACGUACAUCGGACGCAUGCUUCCAACAUCGCCUCCGCCGCUCCUCCCCGUCAUCCUACUCAAAUGGUUCGGCCCGCGUCCAUUUGAGAUCACCCCACUCGAACGGCUCCAGGAGGAGCCUAUCUCAUGCUGCAGCAGCACCUGGUUUCUACAACACCUGCACUGGAGAGGACUCGGAUAUAGUCUAUGGACAGGCGCUUUGUAGAGGGUAUGUCAGCUCCACAGUUUAUCCGUAUGACUCGGUUCACCAACAUUACAUCAUUGAUUAUUCAACUCCUUUUAACACCUCGGGUAAGUUCAUAAACCGACGGUACUUCGCAAGUAAUAAAACCUAUAAAGUGUUUGAUAAAAUGACAAAAAGGGAAACGAGAACAGAGGAGACCAAUUCUGAAAUACCACUUUUCAUUGAUUCUUAAUUGUAUCAUUUACACUAGAAUUUAUAAAGCAUGAGGGUCAGUCUUUUACA